UGUGUGUUCGAGGUGCUGGCCAGACUCUCCCUUCAGCAAAGGGACUGUCCUUGGUUCAGGUGGGACAAGGACAGUCCUUUAACUUCAAUGUCCCGGAGGAGCAGCCUGGGCCCUACGAUUUGGAUUACCUUCAAAAUAAAAGUCUCAAAAUUGAAGGUUCACAGUCUGCAGACACUCAGAGAGGAACGUCCUCGUCCUACACGAAGACACUCAGAGAACACCUGGACUAACCUGAACACCUGGAGCGUCGAUGGAGAGCAGCCAGAGCCAGGAGGCGGAGGACGGCUCGUACCUGUGUUUUCAGAGAACUCCUUCUCUCAGACGCAAAUGGAGGAAACGUUACGGAGGUCUGGACGGAAACAAGCUGCUGGAGCCCAAUAAAGAGGCAGACAGUAAAGAUGAUGGAGGGAUGACAGACGAGAACCAGCAGAGGAACGUAGAGAACCAGAAUGCAGCUCCCCGCCCAGCACCCAGGAGCCUGAUCCAGAACCAGGUCCAGAGUCCAGUCAAGAGUCCGGUCCAGAGUCCGAUCCAGAGUCCGAUCCAGAGUCCGGUCCAGAGUCCGGUCCAGAGUCCGGUCCAGAGUCCGAUCCAGAGUCCGGUCCAGAAGCCCAUCAGCCUCGUCAGUCCUGGACCUGCAGUGGUGCCGGUGUCGGUCAGUAACGGCUGCCUGAAGCCUCCCCUCCCUCAGGCCGUGGUCCAGCCGGAGGACCGAGGUUUCCCCCCCUCCCAGCCCUGGUUCCCCCCCCAGCAGAGUCUGUCCAAACGCAGAGCAGCCGCUGACGUGCUGUUUGACAGCUUCGCCUCCGAGGGAAGAAUCAACGUCAACCAGUUCUUCGAGGCCAUCUGGAGCUCCGGUCUGCACCGGUCCGACCCUCGGCUCAGAGAGUGUUUCUUCCAUCUGAGAAAACUGCAGGACACUGAGGGAUCAGUGGACAGAAACGCCUUCCACAGGUGCAUCACAGGAUUCGUCUCCCUCAUCCUGAAAGCUCUGCAGGGACGAUUCGUUAUUCCAGAUUUUUCUACCUUCACUGAAGAGACCCAGAAGUUGUUCUCCAGGUGUCGUCAGCUGUCGUCGGUGCAGGAGAAAGAGAAGGAGUGUGUGGACAGCAGCAAGUGGGGAGUCUCAAUCUGCACUGUGGAUGGACAGAGGUUGUCUCUGGGGGACUGGGCCGGCUCUCUGGUUCUGGGUGAGGUGUCAUGGCCGCUGGUGUACGGCGUGGCGGUGGACCUGCUGGGCUCAGACCUGGUCCACAGAUACGUGGGUGUGGAGGAGUUCUCCAGAUACGACUCUCCGUUCACACUCACUAAGAAAGGAAUCCCUCACAGCCCGCUCACUGAGACAGGAGCCAUUGUUACUGUGUCUUUACUACAGCUGGCGGGGAGGCUGUGUGCAGAGGAAGAGGAGAAGUACGACUCAGUGCUGAACGUCGUGCGGAGACUCUGCAACAAAGAGCACGCCCACCUGAACUGCAGCAGUUAUCAGAGCAGCAGGACGUCCAGCGUCAGACUCCACGCCCUGUCCUUCUACCUGCAGGAGAAGAAGUGUUUCCCAGAGAAGACGGACAGCAACGCUGCUCUGGAUCUGAUGCUGCAGUGCUCCUCAACCGAGGUCACCUGUGAGUCAGGAGCCGUCAUGGCCGCCUCCUUAGCCAACGGGGGGCUCUGUCCGCUGUCAGGUGACCAGGUGUUGUCGCCGGCGACCGCGCGGAGCAUGCUGUCCAUGAUGCAGGUGGCGGGGAUGAAGGAUUACUCCACAGCUUUCCACUACAAGACGUCUGUGCCGGCGUCGUCCAGCAGCCACGGCUCCCUGCUGGCUGUGGUUCCUGGUGUUUUGGGUCUGAUGGCGUUUUCUCCAGAGUUGGACGCCUGUGGAAACCCCUGGAGGGCCGUCCACUUCUGCCAGGAGCUGAUCUCGAUGUUUCAGCUGCACAGUUUCGACAUCAGGACGCCGCUCAGGCAGAUUCUGGCCUACAGACAGUGGAAGACUGAGUCUGAGGGAUACCAGAUCAUGAACGUCCUGCUGGCGGCUUUUAAAGGAGACGUGCAGUCCCUGAGGAGGUACUUCCUGUCUGGAGUGGACGUUAAUGCUGUCGACUACGAUGGCCGGUCGGCUCUGCACGUGGCGGCCGCCGAAGGUCACACAGAGGUCAUCCGCUUCCUGCUGGAGAACGCUGGAGCGAACCCCGCCCUCAAGGACAGGUGGGGGAGCUCUGCUCUGCAGGAGGCCCGGAGGCACAGCAGGGGCUCUGCAGUUCAGCUGCUGCAGGGAGCCACAGUCUGACCUGGGACCAGUUAGACAGAAGCUGGUUCACAGAGAUACAUGGGUGACUCAGAUCUGAAGAACUGGUCUGGGUUUUAUCCGUCAGAUCAGAGCUGCAACAAUUACAUUAUAUUAAAUGUAUUUUUAUAAAAUGUUGAAAA